AGAAUCAUCAGGCAGAAUAAGGAGGCUGUUGUCUGAAUUAAACUGCUUUUGGAGGACUGUGUGUGCAGGACAAAAUCUUUUCCAGGGAUUCUUGUGAUAUUUCAGCAUCAACUGGAGAGGUUCCUUUGAGCAACUGGAUGGGACAAGACAGAAGACCUAGGAAACCGGAAGAUCUGUUGCCUACAAAAAUCUUAGCAUGAGGCUGAUUUUCAAUCUGUUCCUGGGAUGGUGGCUGACCCAGCAUAGGUGGAUGGCUGAAGGACAAACUUAUCGCCCACCUUCCAUCUCAGUGAAUCCCAGUAACGUAGUUGCUGUGGGGCAGAAUAUAAUCAUCAGUUGCAAGAAGGAAGGGAACGUAAAAAGGACGUUCAUUUUCUGUCUAUACAAAGGAAAUGCGAAAAUAAAUUGUGAACAUACAGACCACGAUGAGUAUGAAUUUCAUAUUAUCGAUGCCCAAAAAUCACACCAGGGGCAAUACCGUUGUAUAUAUCGAUCAGAUUCGAUGUGGUCAUACUUCAGCCAGACAGUUGAUAUCUAUGUGCGAGCACAAUUCUAUCCCAGCCCCUCUAUUUCAGCGAUCCCCAGUGGCCUGGUUGACCUAGGAAAACAAGUCACCAUCCAGUGCAAACGGGAAGAUUACCAAGAUGUACUCUUUACCUUCUUCAAAAAAGGGGCUUUAGAACAACUAGCAAUCCCAAUUGCAUGGAACCGAGGGACUGGAUCCCUUAUUCUCAGUGCCCUAGAAUCAAACGGAGGGAUCUAUUUUUGUGACUAUCGAAUAUACUCUUACGACACAUACUCAGAGUUCAGUAAUAAAAUAUAUAUCAAUAUAACAGAUCCCAUGGCCCACAAGCCUUCCAUCUACCUGGAACCAAAGAGACAGCAAAUGCUUGGUACAAAUGUCCAGAUCUACUGCCAGGGGCCAGAAGAUGAUCUGAACUAUUUCCUCUAUAAGUCAACAGUCUUUGUAACAUCCCAAAGGGCAAAACCAAACAGUUCCUUGGCUGAGUUUUCCAUCUCGGGAGUCAAAUUGGAAGACAUUGGGAACUACAGUUGUUGUUAUCAGCUUAAAAAAAAUCCCUUUAUGUAUUCAAAGUUAAGUGAUCCUCUGCAGCUGCAAGUAAUAGAUCCCAGCCUGACCAAGCCUUCCAUGCAGAUUAUAAAUGUAGAACAAGAUGCUGCAGAAGCAAACAUCUCCAUACGGUGUGAGGGGACAGAACCAGAUCUGAUUUUUGCUCUUCUGAAAUCAAGGCAGCAGAUAGAUUACAAGGCUGCAGAGUCAGGGGAAAAGGCGGUGAAUUUUUCUCUCCACUGGAUGAGGUCGGAAGAGGCACAAAAUUAUACCUGCCAGUACCAUCGCAAAAGCAGCUCCUUUGUCUGGUCAGUGCCAAGUGAUCCACUGGAGAGGCCUUGGAAAGCUGCAUCCUUAAUAACUCUAUGGACAAGCACUGCUGUAUUCCUUUUCCUUCUGGCUGUCCUCCUAUUGGUACUUAUCCUCAUUUUAUACAAAAGAAGAAGAAAAGACGCUGUUACCAAAGAAAGCAAUGCACUACCGAAGACGUUCUUAAACUUUCCCAUAGAGGAAACACCUGAUGAAGUUUCUUAUGCUGAAAUAAACCACAGUUCACUGAAAAUCAGACCAACAGCCCCCGAAUCCUGUGUCUAUGCAACAGUAUCCUAAGGAAGCAUUAAGGAGACCCAAUAAGGAAGCCUAUUCAGAAUGGAAGUUCAUUCUGAGAUGUUGGUAUACCCAUCUAUACUAGGGAUACCCAUGUUCAGAUCAUCUUGCGUAUUCACAUCCUCCUUCCUCUUUCACAGUUUUAAUUGUUCAAUCUCUGAGGUAUGCUGGGUUCAGGCGAGCACAUAUCCUGCCCAUAAGUGUCUUCACAAGCAGAUUAUUAUAAUAACCAAUACUGCAAACUGAAUCCUGGCAUCCCGUAACUCAAGUCCAAUUUUUUCCAAGACUGAGAUGGGCCAACAGCAAAAAGAAUCAGACAAGGAGAUUUAAGAGACUCACUAUGGAAUUCCGAGUAUCAGAACUCUAUAACUGUAAUCACGGCUAGAAGUGAAUAUUUAAGGAAAAACUUCUCUGAAGUUCUGGUUAGUAAAAUAAUAUAUUUUAUUGUUUUUGCUUUUAGAUAUGAAUUCUAUCUAGAGGCAACUAUACCAAAACCAUUGGAUUUUGCUUGCUUUUUCCUGACUUUUCUAUGCAGCCAUGAGGAAUUUUAUGUCUUGUGAAAGCAAGUUAACCUGCACCUACGGUAGAUAUUGUUUACACCCCAACAACCAACCUCAUUAUGAUGGUGAAAAUCCCCUUUUGCAACUGAUCCUCUGUUGCCAAACACAAUGAUGGAUCUUUUGAUUCUAAAACGGACAUGGAUAAGGCUGAUUUGAAUAUUCUUACUAUAAUUUAAAAGGUGAGAAGGGUGUAAAAAAUUCCAUGAACCUUUUCAUAUUCAGGAAAACAUGUUCUGAAAAUAAUACCAACAACACCAAAAACCCAGCCUUUGCAGUGGCUAUAUGACAUUUUGAUCAUAUUAUGGUAUAUUGUUCUGACUCUUGUGAGAACAAUUGUGUCCUCACCUGGGCAAUUUGUGACAGGUUAACAAAAAGAGAUAAAUAAUUUGAGACUUAUUAAAUAGCCUCUUUCCCUCCAAAAGUACAGCCACCUUUCUCAUCUCAGGUUACAUCCGGUAAUCCAAUCAAAUCUGGUACAGUAAUGUGAACAUGCCCUUGAAAAAUAAAAUGAAAGGAAGUUGACCCACCGUGGGAUUGUAGCAGGACCACAGCAACUUGUAGAAGAAUAUUUUAGCAGUGUGGAAGAGAGGAGGACAGGGCUGUGUCCCCCUCUCUUGAUGACAAGACAAAUUCAGGGUCACAGGGACAGAAGAUACAACUGAAGUUUUUAAACUAUACUGAGGGGGGGAAACAGGAGUAAUUUGAGGUUCCUUCUGUUGGCUUUGUUGAAGUACUGUAUGUGUUCCUGAGAAUGGGAAUCCAAUCUGAACAAGGAUUAGGGAAGCAGGUUUUGUGAUUAACAAGCAUAUAUCUACAGGAAAUAUGGGUAGGAUAGGCAAAGCCUUUACCUAGCUAACUACUGUACAUCCAACCAGAUAAAAGUCAGAGCAUGGGUUCUGUGGAUGUGGGAAGAAGAACAGAAGAAAGGGACCCAAGAUUUGCAAUUUCUUAGACAAAGAGCAGGUAGACAAACAGUACAAUUCAGAAUAAAUCCUGAAUUCUCUAACAGAUUCAUAAAAACACCUCCUCCUUGUGGUAAGUCAGUCAGUCAGUGCCUUUGGAUUUACACCACCAAGACAUGGUUGAUACGUGCUCCUCUGAAGAACCUCCAUUGGCAGUUUGUCUUUCAAAUUGCAAAAGUAUUUCAUGAAACCCCACUUGAAGUCAACUUAGUGGUUCUUAUCUGGCUUUUCAAUCCAGAUCUCAAAGGAGCAGUUGGAGAGCAAGUAAAUUGCCUCACUGGGAUCUUGUCAGCUGGAGCUGACACACAGAGAAGUCCAGUCAAUGCCAACUUUUGAACUCUUAAAUCCUACAAAACCUGUUUCCUGAACCUAGAUUUAGAAUUCUUCCUUUUUAUAUCUAGUUUUCUUUUUUAAAAAGAGGUUAAAUCAAAUUAAAUUGGUACAAGAAUCUACUAGACUAUUAAUGUUGCAGUAGAUUACUUAGUAUGUAAAGCAAUGUUUCUCAACCAUGGUAACAAUAAAAUGUAUGGACUUCAUGUCCCAGAAUCCCCCAGGCAGCAUGGUUAGGGAAUUCUGGGAGUUGAAUUCCAUGCAUCUUAAUGUAGCCAAGGUUGAGAAACAGUGCCAUAAAAUAAAGGUUCUCUUCAGUUGAAGCCCACAUCUGAUGACCACCUAUAAUUUUCUUUCAAAGCAUGGAUUUAUUUUGUCAUAGUUUCUUCUAGAGAAGUUUCUUUCAACUGCUCUAUCUAGCCUUCAGUCCUGGACUCCUCCUGGCUUUUCAUCCAGAUACUGACUAGAUUGGCUUUUGCUUAGCGUUUUGAGCUCUGACAAAUUCACUAGCCUCAGCUGUUGUGACAUGUUUGACAUGUAAAUCAACCAGUGUAAAUUACUGAAGAAAUAUAAAUAUCCUGUGACUAAUCCACUAACAUGGAAAUUUGGGGACUUCUGGAACUUCUCCAUUCCCAGAAAUGGGGUAAUGUCUACAUUCAUAUUCGUUACUAUACUUAUACUAUUGGUGCUUUCUGUGAUCUUGUUAUGUUUUAUCUUUGGUGACCUUGAAGAGUUGCUGAAAUGUGGCUGACUAUAAUUUAAUAAAGAUACAACACGCUACAGAAUGAGUCCUUUAUUAUGAUCCUGAGAAGGCUGGUACCUUAAUACAAAAUGCAAAUCUCAUUUCUCUUGUCCAGGCCAGAUUUCCAAGCCUGGUUCAGUGA